AUGUUUGUCAAUUCACUGUUUCUUCCAGGUAUUUUAAAAAGAUCUUUUGGAUCUGUAAGAUCAAUCAGUUCACGUGCAACCCCAAAAUAUCAAUUCUUGAAAUUCAACAAUACUUUUCAACCAAUUGCCAGAGUUCAAAGAGCUUCAUAUAAUUCUUCAAGUUCUAAUACAUUCAAGCUAUUAUUUGCUAGUGCGGGAUCUUCAUUCUUGAUCUUAUCUGCAUUCAGCAAGAAGAUUCAUAAUGAUACUGCAACACAAAUCCAAUCAAGAUUGCCAUCAGUCAACGUAGAACAAGUCAAAUCUGAAAUCCAGCAACCAUUCAAAAAAUCAAGAUUUAAUGGAUAUUUAAACUAUGAAGAAUUAACUAUUGGUUCUGUUGUUGGUUUAUUCUUGGGUAUUAUAAUUGGGAAAUUAUCUCAAGUUAUAGUUUUUGUCUCAUUGUCAUCUUAUUUCUUGCUUGAAUUUUUGGAAAAUAGGAAUAUCAUUACCAUUCCAUGGAAUUAUUUCAUCACCAUUGGAAAAGAAAGAAUCAAUUUAAAACAAUUAUUCUUUGAAAAACCAAGUUUUAAGAUUUCUUUUGUUUUAUCAUUUAUUAUCGCUGCUUAUAAUGUUUAG